GGAGAGAGAGGGGAAGGGUGUAAUCGAAGAAGAGGGAGUGAAGGAGACAAGGAGAGAGGGCAUUUACGGCAAAAGGAUGUGCAGACCGGUGUUUUCUAAUCCUAACAGACGGGGCAUCAGAGCAUAAACGUGUGCGUAAUGCUGAUUUUUUUUUUUUUUUUUGUUGCCCCGAUUUCCUGAAAAAAAUCCUAAAGGCACAAAGAGUCAGAGUGCUCGCACUAAGCUCCACCAGGCAGAAGAGGGGAGGGGAGAAAUGUCACCGGCACAAACACCUCUGGCCACGAGAGGGAUUUUGAGGUCACGCUGAUUGUUCCGCCCGCAGCUAUGGACCUUCUGGAGAAAGUGCCCUUCCUCUCGCUAAUUGGUUCCAGUAAUUCACCCAGAGUCCCAGCUCGUGAGCUCAGACGAGUCCUACGUAAGGUCGUCGAUGACAAAGGGGAAAAAAAGAAAAAAGAAAAAAAAAGACAAAUCACAAAGAAACUACUUGAGCGUUGCAUAAAGCGAUUGCACAAGCGCACUUGAGUUGAUGGAUUGGAGGUGAAAAGGAAGAUUAAAUACACGUCCAAGCGUGGUAAGCAGACAGGACAGGUGGGGUGAGCGAACGUGCGCUCCAAACUGCGCCGUAUACGCGUGCAGAGUUGUGCACUUGAAUCAGCGAGGGCGGCAAACUUUUCAAGGCUCUCCGAGAGACUUUUAAUUAAAAACCUUGCUCGAGGAGCAUCAGGAAAAUAUUAAUGAAAAAACGAUGCAUAAAAUCCACAAAACAAUGACGUGUGUAAUUUUCUUAAUUUUUUCCCGGGUACGCUUUCCUUUGAAGAUUAAAAUCAUGUUUCGUUUCAUCCGUGUGGGGUUCUAAUUGGUUUUAUGCGCAGUUGGCGAGGAGACUAUUUUGAAUGCCGAUUCUAAUAAUACGCUUACGUCGCACUCCCCUUGUUAACAACUUUAGAUGGACUAAUCAAGCGUUGAAUGCAUAAUAUGAACUCCAAGUCCGGAAUAGACCCGUGGUUGCUUUCCUUUAGCUUCCAGUUUUCCGCUCCACAAUAGAGGAUAAAAGUGAAACUUGGCCAUUGCCGAAAGCGCCUCGAAAAAAAGGAAAAGGAAAAAAAAAGAAAAAAAGUGUGCUUUUACCUAGAUCCACAAGGCGGCAGUCAGAUUCCAUGUGAAAUAAUCCACCAUUUCAAGUCAGACACAAUAGAAUGCUCCAGUCCUUUUUCCAAUGACCUCUAUGAUUUAUAAGGGUGAAGUGGACAGAAGGCCCUGCUUUUAGGAAGACGGAUUAUGAAAAGGCUUGUGAAAAUAGACGUUCUUAACGAAGUUGCAGAAAUUUAUUGCAGUCAAACUUUGAUGAAGUGUUGACAUAUCUUUGUCCUUGCAGCUGAAGCAGCCAAACACAGACUGGACUCUCACAAAGACCCAGAACUCUUCCAUCAAAAGUUACAACUCUAUCAAUAUGGAUGGCACUCUCAUGCGUAAGGCAAUGCAUGCAGACCCAGAGAACUACGUCACUUCAAUGGCACCUGGACAAUACUGGACUUGGGGAACUCAAAUGAAGGGCAUGAAAGACUAUAAAAUGUCUCCAUCACCUGGAGGGGUUCCUUCUCGGCCCUGGACUCCUCGAUGCACGCCUCCUCCACAGCAGCAGCAGCAGCAGCCAUCGAUUCCCUCACAUCCACACCCACAUCCACAUCCACACCCACCGCCCGACUAUCACCACAACGUGUACAUUCCCGGAACUCCAUCGGGCUUCUGCACCCUGCGGCCAACAGCACAGCGAAGUGAACUGGACGUCCACAAUUCUUUCUCCACGUUUGGCAAGAAACGACGUCUUCAGAUGUCUCCGCAAGGGGAAGCUGCAGUGAUAAAUAAUGAUCUGUACAACGACUGAGGCGCCAGUUGUUGACCUAAUUGAUGAAGAAACAGAGAAAAAUAAGCGCAACAAUAUUUUGGCGUUUUUUAAGUGGUUUGAAAACAAAGAUGAUGAGAAAACCACAGGUGAAUAUUAGUAUUUAAUGGACAUUCUCUUUUGGAGAAAUCUCAUGGCUCUUUAUCUGACUUACCACUGCAACACUGUCAAUGUGUCUACCUGUUAUAUUAUCUUUACUGCAGUUAUUUUGAUCAUCAUUAUUAUUUAGACAAUCAAAUUGCAGCUCAAUUCCAUUCAAAAAGCAAAAGUGGACCACAAUUUUGCACAUCUUUUGUUUUUCCUUUUUUGUAUCUUUAUUUGCUAGCAAAGCUUGUGUAAAUAUGACAAAUAUUAUGUAAAUGUAUAUGCAAGCUGCACUAAGAUGCAAGCUACUUUAACAAGGGGCUAUUUCCCCCCUACACAUGUACUGUACACAUUUAUGAAAUUAAAGUAUUUUUUUCACUU